GAAGAACAUCGAGGGGAGAGGAGUAGUACUGGUCCAAGAUCGCAGCUGAGAUCGCUGGAAUUUUCCAAAACGAGAAAAGGGGCAGUUUUUUCUUGUUUUUCGAUCGAGAUGAGCAGUGGCGAGCAGGCGGCAGUGGAGUCCGGUGGUUGCCAGCAUCAUCAGGAGAGGCAGGCGGCGACCGAGAGCGCCAAGAAGCUGUGGCGGGUGACGCGCGCCGUCUAUCUCGUCCUCGUCAAGGGGCUCGGCAAGCACCAGCCCAAGCUCGCCGCGCUCGGCGUCCACCUGCACCAGAUGAUGUCCUCCAGGGGGCAUGGCGGUGGUCGCCAUCAUCAAAACGGCCAUGGCCUUGACGACCUCCGGGAGCACCCGGCGUUGCUGACGUACCUGUCGUCGACGAUGUCGUGCAGGUCCAUGGACCCGGCCGCCGCGGUGCACCCGUACCCGCGCGGCGGCCGCGGCGCGCACGGCGCCGGCGCCGGUUCUGGCCGCCGCCGCCGCAGCAGCAGCGCGUCGGGGAGCGCCUCCGGCCUGUCCUCGAUCUCGUGCCGGUCCAUGGACCCCUCCGCCGCCGUGUCGCAGUACCAGUACCGUCCCCGCGAGGUCGAGUUCAGCUGCAGCAGCACGCCGCUGCACAAGCGCCGCCGCGCGCAGCGCCGCAGCCAGCUGCGCCUGCAGAACGGCGCGGGGGCGGGGCUGGGGCACGACCGUUCCGCCGCGGAGACGUACGGCUCGGCCGCCACGGUGUCAAGGCUGUUCGAGCUGAUGGACGUGAAGGAGGAAGCCGCCGCCGAGGUGACGGACAUCGACGACGAGGACGGCGGCGUGGUCGCCUUGCCGGCGGUGGUGCUGCCGGCGCCGCGGCAGGUGCGGAUCACGGACUCGCCGUUCCCGGCGUGGGAGGAGGGCGGCGGCGACGACGACGACGACGAGGGGAGGCUCGGCGUGGUGGACAGGCGCGCCGACGAGUUCAUCAUGUGGUUCCACGAGGAGUUGCGCAUGCAGCAGCAGCGCGCCGCCGCCAAGGAGCGCAGCACGUACUUCUUGGUUAGAUAAUCAGUACGGAUCAGUACGGCCUCACGUGAUUAGUCCAUGAAUUCAUGGAUUAUUGCAGAGUAGUACAUACAUAGAGAUAAAAAAUUGUGCACAUCCUUCAAUCUUUUCCCUCUUAUUUCUUGAUACAAGUGUGAUCGAGUUGGUGGUAUAUUUGAUUUUGAUAUAUAUUUCGAGAGUAAACAUUUCCUGAACUUGCUACACACUCACGGUAGAACUGCAGAAAGAAUUUCAAGAUUUUCCUGAACUCUGUGCCACACUUCCCAGUAGAAGUUUAGGGAGAAUUUCAAGCUUUUUCUGAACUUGUUCAGCUCUCCUUGCCGGUACAACUGUAUUAAGAAAUUCAAUGUGGUCAUCAGGUCAAUUGUCACCUAUAAAUUUCGAUGUUUUCA